AUGGAAAACUCUUUCUUUCGUGUACAACAAGACAGAGAUGGGCGUUGGUUCUUCGUCGAUCCAUCAGGCGAGCCCUUUCUCUCCAUUGGCCUGAAUCACGCGGACGAGUCUAACCUCAAGUAUGACUUUAAUGCGUCAGUCUGGGAACGCAAAUAUGGCUCAAGAGCGUCCUGGAUACAAAAUGGUGUUGUCAAGGACUUCCAAAAGUUCGGCUUCAACACGAUCGGAUGGACACAAGAAUACGUUGGCGGCGGCUGGGGGAAGGCGUUAGACUGGUAUGGGGAACCCAUGGAUCUACAGCACAGCCUGUUCCCCUGGAGUGCUGAGGAACUCAAGAGCACUGGUAUGCCAUAUGUUGUUCAGCUUCGCGUCAUGGAAAUUGAGGAUUGGAAUGGGAAUCCCAUCUUUCGUGAUGUUUUCUCGGAAAGGUUCGAGAACUGGUGCCGAUACCUUGCCCGAAGUGUAUGCUCUCAACACAAGGACAGUACCAAUUUGUUAGGCUACUACUUUGUUGAUAUACCUGCAUGGAUUCGGCACGCCUCUGGGGCCGAUUUUCCGCAGCUGAAAGGUCUGAGCGACACCGAGAGGGCAAAGAAGGUGGGCGAGAUUGCCGAAAGGUACUAUUCGACAAUUGUGGGAGCGAUAAAGGAGCAGGACCCAAACCACCUCAUUCUUGGAGAUAGAUACAACGGCAACAAGGGAAUCCCCGAAGCCGUGCUCCACGCGAUGUCAAAGUAUGUCGACGUUCUAUCUGUCCAGUACUUCGUGGAAGGACCGAGUCCGGUAGCGCGAGAGAAGAUGCGACAGGAACUGGAAAUGUUUUCAAGGCAGUGUGGCGGAAAACCAGUACUACUGGCUGAUAUUGGCAACUUCUGCUGUACAGAGUUGAACCCACAACGGAAAAGCUCAAUCAAUGGACAGCGAGAACGCGGGGAGGAUUACGUCGCCAGUCUGGCUGGGGUUUUGCAGGAGAAGUGGUUCGUGGGCUGGCACUGGUGCUCAUAUAUCGAGAACCUUGCCAGAGGAUGGGGGUAA